AUGGCUCCUCGAGCUGGCUUCAAUACGGACCAGAUAAAGGACAAAGCGCGCAAGGACCUCCUCUACCUGCUCGAGGCUGUCCGGGGGAAGAAGAACCUCAUUCUUGAGCGCAGCUUAGCGGGCCCGAUCAGUACCAUCGUCAAGGUCGCUACUCUCCAGGAAUACGGCGUAGACAAGUUCUUCUUCCUCGAGAACAAGAACGCCGACACCAGCCAGCGAAAUGUCAUCUUCAUAGCCCGCGGCGAGUGCGCUCGCCAUGCGUCAGCCAUAGCAGAGCAGAUCCGUCGCUUACAGCGAGAGAGCCAAACAGGCCAUGAAUUCCACAUCUUCUGGGUGCCUCGACGAACACUCGUCUCCGACAAGUUGCUCGAGGAGGCCGGCGUAUUGGGCGACGUGAACAUCUCUGAACUGCCUUUAUACUUCUUCCCGCUUGAGAAGGAUCUUCUCUCCCUCGAGUUGGAUGAGUCUUUCCGCGACCUGUAUCUCUCGAAAGAUGUCACUCCGUCAUUCCUGCUCGCCAAGGCAUUGAUGGAGAUCCAACAGAAUCACGGCUUGUUUCCCCGAAUCAUCGGCAAAGGCGACAACGCAAAACGAGUUGCGGAGCUCCUAGCACGAAUGCGACAAGAGAUACUUGCGGGCGAGGAUGCGAACGAGACGAAUCGAGGUGGCUUGGCACCAAGCACACUCACCGAAAGCGUUAUAAUAAUCGACCGCGAAGUGGAUUUUGUCACUCCUCUGUUAACUCAACUGACCUACGAGGGACUCAUCGACGAAGUAUUCGGCAUCCAGAACAACCAAGCUGAAGUUGAUACGACAGUUGUCGGUGCCCCUUCUCAAUCCUCAGCGACAAGCGCGCAAGCCAGGAAACGCAAAAUCCAGCUGGAUUCCUCUGAUAAAUUAUACGAACAACUUCGCGACACAAAUUUCGCCAUUGUCGGUAGCUUGCUGAACAAAGUCGCUCGGCGACUUCAGAAUUUGCAAAAGGACUACGAAGGACGAAACAGCCACAAAUCCAUCGCUGAGCUCAAGGACUUUGUCAGUAAGCUGCCCGGAUAUCAAGCGGAGCAGCAAAGCCUGCGCAUACAUACAGGUCUAGCAGAGGAGGUCAUGAAGUACACACGGACAGACCAGUUCAAAGGUCUCUUGGAAGCUCAGCAGAAUCUAGCUGCUGGCGCGGACCCUUCCUCACAAUUCGAAGCCAUCGAGGAAUUAAUCGCCCGCGACACACCGUUACCAGAAGUGCUGAGGCUGCUUUGCAUUUACUCAUGCAUAUCAGGCGGCAUCAAACCGAAGGAAUUCGACCAGUUCCGACGACUUAUCCUCGAGGGCUACGGCUAUCAGCACAUCCUCACGCUUAAUAACCUCGAGAAGCUUCAAUUAUUCUUGUCGCGCUCUUCUCCAUUGGCAGAAAUGAUCCCGAUGACUGGCUCUGGUGGCAACACAACAGGGACAAAGACGAACUACACGUAUCUCCGCAAACUUCUGCGUCUCAUCGUCGAUGAAGUUCAGGAAGACGAUCCAAACGACAUCGCCUAUGUAUACAGCGGGUAUGCGCCACUGUCGAUCCGUCUUGUACAAUGUGUGCUGCAAAAGCAGUAUCUGCUCAAAGUCACCAGAGGCAAUGGCGCAAGUGGUGCGACAGGAGCGUCCGCGGCUCAGGGCUGGCACGGCUUCGACGAGGCCGUAAAGCACGUCCGCGGGCAGACAUUCUACGAGCUGCAAAAGGGUGAGGAGAAGGCCGUCAAAGCUCGAGCGUUGCUUUCGGGAGGCACAGAGAAGCAAACGGUAUUUGUGGUGUUCGUCGGAGGUAUAACAUUCACCGAAAUCGCUGCUUUGCGGUUCAUUGCAAAGCAGGAAGAAGCUCGGAGAAACAUCGUCAUCUGCACAACAUCGAUCAUUAGCGGAGACCGAAUGAUGGAUGCGGCAAUUGAGAAGGAUUCGUUUGCAAGAGAUAACGUCAAGCCGGUGAGCCCAACUGCAUGA